CCUAGUUAAGUUACAGUCGACGAUUUUCCUAAAAAAUAUCUAAAAAGUGUUUACAGUUGUAUUAACCUGUUUUCUAUGGAACUGGACGAUGGAGGCGACGAAUUUUCCUUUACAUUUUCGAUUGGCGUAUUUUUUAUUUUUACCUGAAAACCCAAAGAAGAUGACAUUAGUAACUGAAUACUACAAUGACUUCAGGGAAUGCCUAACAACGGCUUUUGCGAAAAUUCAGACUUUUCAUAAGCGCUCCGGCACCACAGAUAGGGGAAAGGAGUAUGAAGACUACGUCACCGCUUCUCUUGCACUAAAUCUUAUACAAAAUGAAGAUGUAGAAAAUUUUCAAAUCGCUUCCAAUGAUGACAAUUUCGGUAAAUUUGACGACGUCAUUAUUGAAACAAAAUUGAUGAAUCAAGACGUAAUGAAAUAUGCCGUCCAGCUAAAGCAUUCAGAAAAAAAAAGCACUUUAAUACCAAAGCGUUUAACAGACUCUAAAGGAGAUUUCAGCAUAAAGAAAUAUUUAGACUCAUUUAGAGAAAAGGAACAAAAUUUUGGUGACUACAAGCUUAUUUUAUGGACAAACCUAAAAUUAGAUUGGUCGUGUUCUGAACUACUUAUCAUUGAUAGUUUGAAUCUUCAACUGGACAUUGAAAAAUAUGAAAAAGACGACAUGAAAUUAAUAUUCGACUACCCAGAAGAAACCAAUUGUUACAAAUUUAAAAUUGUGGAUAAUGGAAGCUUUCCUGCCAAUGAUGAGCUCGACAGUUACCGAUCUUUCUUCGACAAAUUUUUCCUUUUUACGAAUCAGGAUAAUGUGGAAAGAGCAAAAAAGAAAACAGUGGAACGCUUUUGCCAGAAAUUUAAUUGUAAAGACACAUAUGCAAAAAAAUUCCUGGAAUAUAUUACCGAGUGGAGUAAAGGAACCGGCACAAAGGAAAAACUGAACAAAAGUACAAUGCAAACUUUUACAGCACUAAAUUUACUGGAGUCACAUAUUCGUCCAUAUGUUAAAGAUUCGUCAAACGACAAAACAAAGCUUUUGCAAGAAGCUAUCAACAGUUUUGACAUAACAGUUUUUGACGAUUGUUUUGUGGACGAAGUAGUGAAGCUUUGGGGUGAUCUAGAAGAAGACGAUGCAACCAAAAAGGAAGUACUGAAGACCCGAAAGAAAUUUCAGCUGAAAAACGAUGAAACUGCACGUAGUGUGACGUUUUGGCUGGGUGACCAAUGCCCCUUAAUUAUGGUCCAGAACGAGUUUGCAGCCGAAGCGAUAAAAUUAUGUCCAGGAAAAAAAUUUAUUGUUCUUGAGAAAACUCCAUUCUUACUCCCAGGUUUUGCAAUAUUUAGACAUUUAUCUGAUCUAAAACGUAAUGAAAAGUUAACGACGAAUUUAAAGUGUUGUCUUCAGUCUAGAGAACAUUCUUUGGAACACUUAAUUCAACAAAACGAAGAGAUUGAAAAUAUUGUAACCACAAAUGAAUUGUUACAGAUGGUAAAUGGUUCUUACAGAAUCGAGGAACAGUCUCAGGCAUUAGCUGAGCCUUAUAUUAAUAGGCGAUUGUCGAAAAUUUACAUAGACUGCAAAUUUCUUGAUUCAAUUGAUAAAAACACUUUGGUCGUAAUUAGUAAUGCGUGUGUAAAGAACAUUAAAAAGUACCUUGGAAGCAGCAAGAUUCGUUACGUUUUUGCCGAAAACUACUUGAAAGAUCCGAACCAAAAACAAAUAGUUAAAGAAAAGAUGCCAAAUAUUUUCAGAAUAAAAAAGACAAGAUUUAGGAUCGCCGAAGAUGUUUACUCCUAUGGAAACGAAUCUGAAAAAAUUAAUGUCUUUAUUAAUGAAAAGGAAUGUUCUAUGCACCAGUUUAACGAAAUAUGUAAAAAAAAUCCAGACGCAAAAAGUUGUCAUCACCUUAGAAUGAACAAUGAAUAUUUGGAGUGGAUCGAAAGCAAAAAUAAUGUAACCGACAUACAGAAUUUCCUCUUGGAAAGCCAGGACUUUUCAGACGAAUCAGAAUUUUAUACAGUGGAAUCUGUUAAUAACAUUAACAUAAUCGUCGCAGAUCCGGGGAUGGGCAAGUCAGAACUACUGAGGAGUUUUCAAAAGAAUUUUACUAACAACCUUUGGAGGUUAAUAAUAACACGUAAAGAUAUGUCCGAGUAUUGUAAAGAUUCGAGUAUAAAUAAAAAUGUCGAAUCAUUUAUUAAUUUUAUACUGGAAGCAAAAUACAGUCUAAAAACUUUUCACAGGAAUUUUGUAAAUGCUGCUUUUAUGAAGGGUCAAGUAGUUCUUCUUUGGGAUGCUUUAGAUGAAAUAUCGAACGAGCAUCUGGAACACAUUCUACAAAUUAUCAAAGAUUUUACGAAAGAGAAUUUUGAGCAAUGGAUAACCUGUAGAAGCCACUUGAAAAAAAAAAUUGAAACGAAACUAAAGACACUUUCAAGAAAAAUAGACACCUUUAGUCAACAGGAAGAAAUCGAAUACGUAACAAAGCGACUUGAAAAAGUAUGUUCUAGCAAUGAACUGCAAGAAAUAACAAAAGGAAUUCAAACCAACAUACGAUUUGUUAAAAUGAGUGAUAUUUUGGGAAAUGCACUUUAUCUUUACAUAUUUAGUGAACUGUUGCUUCGAAAUAAAGACAAUAUUGCUUCUUUAUUUAGCAAAUCUCUGUGUAUAACGGAUCUCUAUGAACUAUUUAUAAACGAAACGUUUAGUGAACGAUUCAAUGAAAAAGCUACUAGCAGCAGGGACGAAAAUAUUAACAAGAUGGCAAAAGAAUCAAGAAUCAGAAAUUAUGGUGAAGCAGCCGCAGAAACUCUGUUUGGGAAAAAACUUCUGCGUAUGUAUAUUAAUAACGACAAAUUUUUUAAAGACCUUGCCACGGAAGGAGACCGAUUUGGUUUUAUAAGCGAAAUACCCGAAGACCCUCAGCAAAUACUGUUCAUACACCACACAUUUGCUGAAUAUUUUGCUGCCAUGUAUUUUUCAAGCCAAAUCGAUCGUUUUAAAGACUUUCUGAAAGAUAUUAUAUUUGAGGAAAAAUAUUUAAAUGUUCGCUUUUUCUUCGACAUGCUGCUAGCAAAAAACAGCCCUGCACAUCUGGCAACCUUAAAUGCAAAUCUAGAAGACCUGGAGGACUGUGACAUCAACAGUAAAGAUUCGGGGGGACGAAAUAUUUUGCAAAUAGCGAGUUCGUGGGGAGGAAGAUUUCCGAUUUUAAAUGUGGAAAAAGAAAAUGGCGGUUAUGUCAUAGAUGACGAAAACGUUCCUUGCAUUGACAACGAAAGUCCGGAGUACAAACUAAUGUUGGAGUACAUAGUUAAUAUUUUGGAUGAAGGUAUUAUUGAGGAACGAAACGAUUUGUUUGAGUUAACGUGUUUGGAUUACGCUGAAAGAUGUAGCUGCAUAUAUGCCAUUGCGAUGAUAGGGAAAACACAACACACGCUGACCUUAAGGUCUGAAGAUUAUAAGUUUCAUGCCAGUUUGCUGUACUAUUCUGUGUUGUUGGGACACGACGGUGUAAUAUAUUUAUUGAAAGAGGGUAUGAUUUAUGUUAGAAAUAAAGAGGGACAGUCGUUGCUGCACCUAGCUUCGACACACGGUCAAGAUGAAUGUGUGAAACAACUACUAUCAACGAAUAUUUAUAAAGAAAGGAUCGACGAACUUAAUGACGAUAACGCAACACCUUUAUAUCUGGCUUGUUCUCGUGGAAAAGUUAAGGUAGUCGAAGUUCUUUUAGAAGCCGGCGCACAACCCGUUGUCAAUAACUCCGAAAACCCCUUGUUUAUUAGUUGUAGCAGAGGAGCUUACGAAAUUGUCGAGUUACUAAUAAAUUUGGGAACCGACGUCAACUGUGAAGAUCAAUAUGGAAGAACGCCCAUUUUUUCUGCAAUUUUUAACCAACACCAGCACAUCGUCGAACUCCUCAUUCAUUCAGGAGCUGAUUGCAACAAGACAGAUAAGCAAAAUCAAACACCUCUUCAUAUAUCGUGCCGGUUUGGAAUGACUGAACUCGUCGAAAUUUUAUUGAAGUGUGGAGCGACGCAUAACGUUUUUGAUAAAGAUGACUGGACACCUCUCCACUUUGCAGCUCUGAAUGGACACGAUGAAACUGUCAAGUCACUUCUGAAUCAGGGAGCUAACGCAAAUCGUUGCAAUAUAAACGGUGAAACCCCCCUUCAUUUAGCAUCAGCUGAAAAUUUUUCUGACGUCGCUUCCCAACUUAUCACAUUUGGUGCCAAAAUUGACAGUGUUGAUAAAAUUUGGCAAACUCCUCUUCACCUGGCUGCUCGGAAUGGUCACGUGAGCAUUAUUAAGUUACUUAUUUCAAAUGGAAGUGACGUCGACUGUGAAGACACAAGUGGUCAAACUCCUCUUCACCUAGCUUGUCGGCGAGGAAAUCACCGUUGUGUAGAGACGUUGAUUCAGUGGGGCGCUGACAAAGAUGCUUGUGACAACAAAAAACAAACUGCUCUGUAUUUCACUGCUCAAAGUGGAGACUUCAAAACAACCCAACUAUUAAUUGAAUCUAACGCCGAUGUCAACAUUUGUAACAAAUUUGGCACGUCACCGCUAAUCGAAGCCUGUUGUUGGGGUUAUCUCAAUAUCGUGGAAUUACUUGUUGACAAAGAAGCAGAUGUCGAAGCCAAAAAUUUCAACGGUUUAACACCUUUUGGUUCGGCUUACCACAACGGACAUAACGAAAUUGUGAAUUUUUUGGAAGAUAGAGGUGCUGCCACCUUUUUGAAAAACACUCCGACUACCACACCACUUCACGUAUUUUGCAAAAAAAAUUACGUAGCGGGUGUCAAACGGUUGCUCAACAUGGGGGUUAGUACUGAAGGGGUCGAUUGCUAUGGAUGGAGUGCAAUUCAUUGGGCUUGUUGUAAAGGAUAUGUAGAAAUUUUGACCAUGCUUCUUAACUCUGGGGCUAAUAUUAAUGCAAUAACUGGAGAUCAUCAGACAGCUCUAGAUAUAGCCCGCAUGAACAACCAACAACGUAUUAUUGAGGCUUUGUUUUUGCAUGAACAGCGUUAGAAUGAAAUAUUCCGUUAGUGUUGACGUCAUCAUUGAAUCUGGAACCUGAAAUGUCUGGACUGGGGAUUCGUCUUCGUAUGAUUCCACGGACAUAUUAUGAGUUAACCGAAAGUAUUUAAUUGGAAGUUCCCUUAAUUUUUAAUGUAUAUAUUAUAUAAACGAUAAGUGUAAAAAUGUAAUAAUUAA